AUGUCCUUGCCUCUGUCCACCCCCAUAUCAGAAAUGGAACCCAAUAGUACCUUCAACAACAACAGCCAUGGGAACUGUACAACUGAAAACUUCAAGAGGGAUUUUUAUCCUAUUGUGUACCUGAUAAUAUUUGUCUGGGAAGCCUUGGGAAAUGGCUUUUCCAUAUAUGUUUUUCUGUGGCUUUAUAAGAAGUUUAUAUCUGUGAAUGUUUUUAUGCUAAACCUGCCCAUUUCUGAUCUCUUGUUCAUAACCACACAGCUCUUCAGUGUUGACUAUUACCUCAGAGGCUCCAAUUGGAUAUCUGGGGGCCUGGACCGCAAGAUUAUGUCUUAUUCCAUAUAUGUCAACAUGUACAGCAGCAUUUGUUUCCUGACUGUGCUGAGUGUUAUGUGCUACCUGGCAACUGUUCACCCUUUCCGGCUCCUGCAUAUCACCAACAUCAGAAGUGCCUGGGUUGUAUGUGGGAUCAUAUGGAUCUUUAUCAUGGCACCUUCAACAACACUUCUGAAAUUUGAACAGAAGGGUAAUAUUACAUCAUGUCUAGAGCUGAAUUUCAAUAAAAUUGUUAAACUUCAUACCAUGAACCAUAUUGCUUAAGUGGUGGGCUUCCUGCUGCCAUUCUGCAUGCUCAGCAUUUUUUACCUGCUAAUUAUUCAAGCCCUUUUAAAGAUGGAGGUCCCAGAAUCGGGGCUGCAGGUUUCUCACAAGAAGGUGCUGAUCACCAUCAUCAUUGUCUUGAUCAUCUUCCUCCUGUGUUUCCUGCCCUAUCACAUACUGAGAACCUUUCACCUGGUUAUGUGGAAAGUGGGUACAUGAACAGACAGGCUACAUAAAGUCAUGAUCAUCACACUGGCCUUGGCAGCAGCUAAUAGCUGCCUCAACCUUUUGCUUUAUUAUUUUGCUGAGGAGAAUUUUAAGGACAGACUAAAAUUUGCAUUCAGAAAAGGUCAUUCACAGAAGACAAAAUGCACCUUUCCUGUUGUGUGGGGAUGA